GGUAACCCCCGGCUCGUGCUGCCAUUGCCCAGCUCCCUGUCACUCAGCCCGCGCGGGGCCCGGGAUUGGCAGCCUAGCCCCGUUACGCACUCACCUCGCGUUCACAUACCCGGGGAGGGCAGUAGAAAGGUGAUCAAUCUUCAUCAGGCUACAUUUCCAAUCACCUAAACAACCCGGCGAGACCAGCCACUCCGACAAGGUUGGCUGCCCGGAAGGUCUGAGUGAGGUCGCGAGGUCGAUGGUGAGCGGCCCCGGCAGCUGAGGGCAGGCCAGGCCCCCAGACGCAACAGACCUUGAAGGACUGCGCAGUGGGAGCCCUGCACUGCGCCCGGCCCGGCCCUCUGGAUCCGUCGGGGCGCCUCCACCCAGCUGUUAGCAUGAUGUCUUACCUCAAACAACCCCCAUAUGGCAUGAACGGGCUGGGCCUAGCCGGGCCGGCCAUGGACCUCCUACACCCCUCCGUGGGCUAUCCGGCCACCCCGCGGAAGCAGCGACGGGAGCGCACCACCUUCACGCGCUCUCAGCUGGAUGUGCUCGAGGCGCUCUUCGCCAAGACUCGCUACCCUGACAUCUUCAUGCGUGAGGAGGUGGCUCUCAAGAUCAACCUGCCAGAGUCCAGAGUCCAGGUGUGGUUCAAAAACCGCCGCGCCAAAUGCCGCCAGCAGCAACAGAGCGGGAGCGGGACCAAGAGCCGCCCAACCAAGAAGAAGUCGUCCCCGGUGCGGGAGAGCUCGGGUUCCGAAAGCAGCGGCCAGUUCACGCCUCCCGCUGUGUCCAGUUCCGCCUCGUCCUCUAGCUCCGCAUCGAGCUCCUCGGCCAACCCGGCGGCUGCAGCGGCUGCAGGCCUAGGCGGGAACCCGGCGGCUGCAGUCCCGUCGUCGUUGAGUACGCCGGCUGCCUCAUCCAUCUGGAGUCCGGCCUCCAUCUCGCCCGGCUCAGCGCCCGUUUCGGUGUCGGUGCCUGAGCCUUUGGCCGCGCCUAGCAACGCAUCGUGUAUGCAGCGCUCAGUAGCCGCAGGCGCCGCUUCGGCCGCAGCCUCCUAUCCCAUGUCUUACGGCCAGGGCGGCAGCUAUGGCCAAGGCUACCCCGCACCCUCCUCUUCCUACUUUGGCGGCGUGGACUGCAGCUCUUAUCUAGCACCCAUGCACUCGCACCACCACCCGCACCAGCUCAGCCCUAUGGCACCCUCCUCCAUGGCGAGCCACCAUCACCACCAUCCCCACGCGCACCACCCGUUGAGCCAGUCCUCAGGCCACCACCACCACCAUCACCACCACCAUCACCAGGGCUACGGCGGCUCGGGGCUCGCCUUCAACUCUGCCGACUGCUUGGAUUACAAGGAGCCUGGCGCCGCCGCUGCUUCCUCCGCUUGGAAACUCAACUUCAACUCGCCAGACUGUCUGGACUAUAAGGACCAAGCCUCAUGGAGGUUUCAGGUCUUGUGAGCCCAGGAGAGGGAGGAAGAGAAGAAGAAACGCAACUACCUGCGCCCUCCGUGGUCCCCGUCCUGUUGUUGCUGCUGCUGCUGCACCGCCCGCCUUUGCCUCGGCUUCUCUAGACCUGAAAUUUCAUGCUCCCAAAAGAUGCCCAUUGCUGCACUGCCGCCCUCAUCUUUGUGCCACCUGCGUGGGGGAUGUGCAAAUCCUGUCCACCCCUUGGAUGAGGGGACCGGUGCUUCGGCUUGGCCCACAAGUUCUAUACGGGAGAGCUGUGUGCUCCCCUCCUCAACCCCUAACGAACUCCUAAGUCACCCUCUUCUAGUCUUUCUGGACAGUUAUUAUGCACUUGCAGCCUUCGGAGGCUCUUCGCUCUGACUUGCUGUUUGAGCCCUACACUUUAAUUUAUUCUUUCUGGACAUUGGAGUCACUAACUGGCAUGUGUCUGCCUGUUGGGGUGCACCCACACUCUACUCCAAAUCAAAACAACCACUAAGCGUUUCUCGCGUGCAGACUGCCGCCCCUUCAGCUGCCCUCAGCCCCGCUCCCCGCCUGCAGGCCGGAGCUUCCCGUUGUUUCCUUCUCCCCAGCCGGAUGCGCUGGGAAGACACCCGAGGGAGGAGCGCGCCCAUAGCCUCUCGCGCACAGCCCCGCCCUGCGUAGAACUGGCUCAGGCUUCCGCCUCGGCGGGAAUGCUGUAAAUAGUCAGGUCCGUUCCAGGGACCACUUAAACUUUUUAGUUGGCUGUUGGUUGAACUGAGCAUAUCUCGUCUUAGAGCCCAAGAAAUAGAACUUUAAGAUAUAUACAGCAUAUAUAUAUACACACAUAUAUAUAAAACAAAAGCAAAAAAUAUUUCCCCUCUGUCCCUUUCCCUCUCUCCCUCAAGCGAUGGCGCUUUUACUUUUUCAGUUGUUGCAAAGCUUCCCUGCCCUCUCACACCUCCCUCUGUGUAUUUAUUAAAAAGAACCGUUUGGUUUCAGGAAGCUGUGCGCGGAGGAUCGGGAGGGUCUGGGAGUGUGAAGGAAAGAGCCAAGUCGGGGUACAGGAGAGGGGGCUAGGUUGGGCCGGGGCGCAGGACUGAGCCCUUCACCAGGUCUAAGCACAGGGUCGCAGUUCUGGUUUAGAGACCAAAACCAAAAGAAAACAAAAAAUAAAAGUACAGCAUUAUGGAAAAACAAACAAACCCAGGCCCCAAACCCCGGUUCCAAUUCCUCUGUCGGCUUCUCUCUCUUUAAACAACCCUGUUUUGUCUAGUGGGUUUUUAGUGCACCUUCAUUCUCCGAAAUCUGCGGAGAACCCACACCUGUAUAUCAGUUUAGGCUUUGGCCAUUUCGUCCAGUAGGUGGGAAAGUAAUUUGUAACUUUGAUUUGUCCGAUGUGAAGAUCGCAAAUUACUUGUUGAAAUGUAAGGCAGUCCCCUUCCUCCCCCUUUAUCUACAUUAUUUCCCGAAAAUAAAUGCAAAUUAAU